CCCGCCGGCCUCUGGCAGCGCGCCGCCGUCCUCGCGGCUCCGUUGCGGCUUCGGCGCCCGCGAUCCGGACUGCGUGGGCGAGCGCCCCCCGGGAGCUCCGGCGAGCUAUAUGGUAUCACUAUUGAAGAGCUGUCCUGCACGGUCCAAGGAUGUGUGGUCACUGCUGCUCAACGCCCUUGUUGGACCAGGUUCCUGCCAGCUUGAUCCCAUGCUUGGAUUCCAAGGUGACCAUGGACGCUGGUGGGCUCCCUCUGGAGCUGUGGCGCAUGAUCCUCGCCUACCUGCACCUUCCCGACCUGGGCCGCUGCAGCUUGGUAUGCAGGGCCUGGUAUGAGUUGAUCCUCAGUCUGGACAGCACCCGCUGGCGGCAGCUGUGUCUGGGCUGCAUCGAGUGCCGCCACCCCAACUGGCCCAACCAGCCUGACGUGGAGCCCGCAUCUUGGAGGGAGGCCUUCAGGCAACAUUACCUGGCCUCCAAGACAUGGGCCAAGAACGCGCUGGACUUGGAGUCCUCUGUCUGCUUUUCUCUGUUUCGCCGGAGGAGGGAACGUCGUACCCUGAGUGUUGGGCCAGGCCAUGAGUUUGACAGCCUGGGCAGUGCCUUGGCCAUGGCCAGCCUGUAUGACCGAAUUGUGCUGUUCCCAGGUGUGUAUGAAGAGCAAGGCGAAAUCAUCCUGAAGGUGCCUGUGGAGAUCGUGGGCCAUGGGAAGUUGGGUGAAGUGGCCCUGCUAGCCAGCAUUGAUCAGCACUGCUCAACCACUCGCCUGUGCAACCUCGUCUUCAUGCCGGCUUGGUUCUCACCCUUCAUGUUUAAGACUACAUCAGGUCAUGUCCAGUUUGAUAACUGCAACUUCGAGAAUGGGCACAUCCAGGUCCAUGGCCCAGGCACCUGCCAAGUGAAGUUUUGCACCUUCAAAAACACCCAUGUCUUCCUGCACAACGUGCCCCUGUGUGUCCUGGAAAACUGUGAAUUUGUGGGCAGUGAAAACAACUCUGUGACUGUCGAGGGCCACCCGUCUGCGGACAAGAACUGGGCCUACAAGUACCUGCUAGGGCUCAUCAGGUCCUCUCCCAGUGUGCUCCCCACAGAGAACGCUGACUCUUUAAUGUCCCUGGACCUGGAGAGCAGGGACCAGGCCUGGAGCCCAAGGACCUGUGACAUCGUCAUUGAGGGCAGCCAGAGCCCUACCAGCCCAACCUCUAGCUCCCCAAAGCCAGGCUCCAAGGCUGGCUCACAGGAGGCAGAGGUGGGCAGCGAUGGGGAAAGGGUGGCCCAGACCCCAGAUAGCAGCGAUGGAGGCCUGAGUCCCAGCGGCGAGGAUGAGGACGAGGACCAGCUCAUGUACAGACUGUCCUACCAAGUGCAGGGCCCACGCCCUGUGCUGGGGGGCUCCUUUCUGGGCCCACCUCUGCCAGGAGCAUCCAUUCAGCUGCCCAGCUGCCUAGUGCUGAACUCGCUGCAGCAGGAGCUGCAGAAAGACAAGGAGGCCAUGGCACUGGCCAGCUCCGUGCAGGGGUGCCUCAUCCGCAAGUGCCUCUUCCGGGACGGGAAGGGAGGUGUCUUCGUGUGCUCUUACGGCCGAGCCAAGAUGGAAGGAAACAUCUUCCGGAACCUGACUUACGCAGUGCGGUGUAUACAUAACAGCAAGAUCGUCAUGCUCAGGAAUGACAUUCACCGCUGCAGAGCAUCAGGCAUCUUUCUGCGCUUGGAGGGCGGAGGCUUGAUCGCUGGCAACAACAUAUACCACAACGCGGAGGCUGGCGUAGACAUCCGGAAGAAGUCCAACCCACUCAUACUGUGUAACCAGAUCCACCACGGCCUUCGCUCUGGCAUCGUUGUCCUUGGCAAUGGAAAAGGCGUCAUCCGGAGCAAUCAAAUCUUUUCAAAUAAGGAAGCUGGCAUUUAUAUCCUGUACCAUGGAAAUCCAAUCGUGAGCGGGAACCACAUUUUCAAGGGCCGUGCAGCCGGCAUAGCAGUGAACGAGAAUGGCAAAGGUCUCAUCACAGAGAAUGUCAUCCGUGAGAAUCAGUGGGGAGGCGUGGACAUCCGCCGGGGAGGGCUCCCGGUGCUCCGGAGCAACCUCAUCUGCUUCGGCUAUUCAGACGGAGUGGUGGUGGGCGAUGACGGCAGAGGACUCAUAGAAGGAAACACCAUCUAUGCUAAUAAGGGCUGUGGUGUCUGGAUGAUGUCAUCCAGCCUGCCCCAUGUCACCAGCAACCACGUCAGCUACAAUGGCCUGUAUGGAGUGGCAAUGUUUAGCCAGAAGGAUGGCUCCGGUGAGCUCCCUGGAGGCCAUGGGGCCCAGGAGAACUUCAGUGAGGACGGGGAUGCCAUCCUCUGGGAGACAGAGCUGGAGAAGGACGACGACCCCCUGCACCGGCCCGUCACCGUAGCUCUCGUGGAGUCUAAUAGUAUUAACCACAAUGGAGCCUCAGGACUCUACGUCCAGAGCAGCGAGGCACUGCACAUCAUCACCAACGUGAUCCACGCCAACGGGGACAGGGGCAUCACUGUGGCCCAGAGCAGCCAGCUCACCCGGGUGGCUAACAACAGCAUCUCCUGCAACCGCCAGAGUGGGGUCAAGGUGGAAGCGCAGUGCAAGGUGGAGCUCCGGGGCAAUGGUAUCUAUGACAACAGAGGCCAUGGCGUCAUCACCAAGGGAGACAGCACCAUCGUCAUUGAGAACGACAUCAUUGGCAACCGGGGCAGUGGGCUGCAGCUGCUGCCCAGGUCUGACACUAAGGUAAUAAAGAACCGGAUCCAUUCAUUCCGUGCCUACGGCAUCGCAGUGCGGGGCCGCACCAAGGCUCUGGUGCAGGAGAAUAUCAUCUUCCAGGGCAAGACCAACAAGACCAUCUUUCAGCAGGUCUCAAACAACCGAGAAUGCAUCAUGAAAAACAACAAGUUCCUGGUCUUCAAGAAAAAGUCUGACACAUGGCGCCUGGUGAACCCACCAGCACGCCCUCACCUUGAAAACUCCAUCCGAGGCCCCUCUGUAGCCCACAGUGGGCAGAAGGCGACAGCCAUGGCAACCAGGAUCACAGCCCGAGUGGAAGGUGGGUACCACAGCAAUCGCAGCAUCUUCUGCACCAUCCUGUAAGGAUGGGGAGCCAGAGUGUGGGAACUGGAGCACUGUCCAAAGACUGGGAGCAGCAACCACGGACCCCGUUCUCAGACUCGGUCCUGACAGUGCUUAGCCACGCUAGGAGGUGAGGCUUUCGGGAAGGAAGAAGCAGCGCCUGAGAAGGCUCCGGGUCCUCCUCACCUCGCCCCUGAAAAAGCAGGCUCCUAGGCCGCCUGGGGACUAAGAACAAGGUACCUCCAAAACCCUUCAGUUCCCCAGCUCUCCAGUAGGAAAGAACUUGAAAAUGUUUUUCAAGGAGAAAAAGGAACAGAAAUCGGUAGAUUUCCAGUCACUCAAGCUCUGUAGAGAUUAUGAAGAGUUGGGGAAAAUGGACACUGACGCUUUGGUCAGGGUUUUCUGUUUGAGUUACAGGGAGCUGUGUUUUACACACCAGAUCCAAGCUCUUCUCAGGGAGAUUUACUCCUGAAAGAGGGAAGUGAUUCUAGUGAGGUGGAAAGACACAACUGCCCCAGAAUUUCUGCCUUUCCUAGACCUCUGUCUGGAUCUCUCCAGGGACACCGCCACACCCUCCCAGCUGCCUACAGAGGCUGGAGAAGUUGUUUGGUUUCCUUAAGGACACAGUGCUCAUAGACUUAGACAUGGACCUGUGAGAGAGGAAGGGGCUUGGGACAGGGAGCCCCUCUUAAAAGGCUGCCCCAAGAAUGACAAGGGACAUGCCCAAAACAGGAGGGGAGUGUAGAGCUUUCCUUCGAGUGGCCCAGGUGCCAAGCUGGGCAGUGCAGGGGCACAUAUGACUCCGCUCUACCCUCAAGGAGCUCACACACGCAGGAGGACGUUAGCUUGGUGGAUUCGAAUCCCACAAGCACAGCCACACCUGCUGCCCCUCCUGGGCACGACUGGUGGAGAUGAGGGUGCCUAGGGCCCCUCCUCUGUGUCCACGCUCUCAUGGAUAACCACCUGCCUUUACUGACCCUCAUGGUUUCCACUCAGUGCCUUGGCUCUGCUCUCCCCUCUUCCUGGCAUGCCCUUAUCUCCAUCUGCACACGUCCAGGGCCUCCCCAUUCCUCUAGGGGGAGCUCAGACACUGCCAUCUUCAGUGCUCUUCCCCAAGCCUCCCCUGCCCUUUCUCUGCCCCCUCAGGUACUGAGCACUCUGCCUCGGAGUUAUCCAGGUCCUUCCCUGUGCCACUCGCCUGCCUAGGGCAGGUCUGUGUCCCCAGUACCCAGCCCAGGCCUGGGGUAGGGUCAGUAGUAGCCUGAGUGAGAAGGCGGCCAGUUCCCAAAGGGCUUUACUGAACUGUACCGUGUGUCACCGUCCCAGAGCCAGCUGGGCUCAAACCCUGCCCUGACUGCUGGAGGGAGGGGCUGGAUGUAGGAACUGUUUAGCCUGAACCGUUCCCCUCCCACUCGGCCUUUCCUGCGGGGCCUCCACCAGCCUGUGGGGGUUGCCGUCUGCACCUUACCAAUGGCUUCCCAUGCUGGUUCUGCCAGGCCCUCGGUGCUGCUCUCCCAGGUCGGGUGGGAGGGAGGGGGCUAGAGGGAGCCAGGGGCACUGGCCUCUCCUUGAGGACUUUGGGCACAAGAGUGCUGGCCUCUCCUGUCCCCACACUGUCCUUUGCACUUCUCUGGUGGCCCCAGUGUGAGUCGCUGUAUAAAAUGCUGCCUUCAUUCUUUUGUAAGCAAUGACUUUUUUGUGAACCAAGUGCUUAUAAAAAUCUCAGCAACUAAAAUAAAGUUCUAUAUUUUAAAAGAGGCACUUUGGGGGUGGGGGGGGCUUUCCUUGGUCUGGGUAUAUGCUGGAGUUCUGGGCAGCUGGAUGCAGGCCCUGCACUGCUCACCAUGCUGAGGUACCACGGCAGGACACAGAAUCCCGGGACCAUCAUGUCCAUUCCGCUUGUUCCCUCCACAAUUCCAGGUUCCAAGGUCUGUGUCCUCGUGUGAUAGGCCCUGGCCUUUGUGAAGAUCAACAGACACAGUCCCUGGUGGGGAGACCUGACAGUCUGCAAAGAUCCAUUAUCGCAUUUUCCCCAACUUCAGUUACUCAGCAUCUUAAGUUUUUUGCUAUAUCCAUGUCACCUGAGGAGAAAGUUAGUACUUAAUAUUCUUUAAAUCCUCUUUAAAAAAAAAAAUAAACUAUUGUUUAGAAGAGUUUUAGAUUUACAGAAAAAAUGAGCAGAUAGGUAGUACAGAGUUUCCACAUUACUCUCCCCACCCCACCCGAGUUUUCCUAACGUCUUACAUAGUGUGGUACAUUUGUCGCUAUUAAUGAACCAAUAUUGAUACAUUAUUGGUAACUAAAGUCCACGGUUUAUUCAGAUUUCCUUAGUUGUUACCUAAUGUCCUUUUUCCAUUCCAGGAUCCUAUCCAGGACACUUAAUUUUGCUGAACUAAAAAAAAAUAUUUACAUCACUACAGUAGAUGAAAAGCUAGUGUUUUCUAAUACACACUAAAGCAAACUAUUAAAUGAAAAUAUUCACAGUACCACAAAUCAAUCUUUGUUGAAACCAUGCAUUUAGGGAAAAAUUGUUACUGCAGUUUAGCCUAACCAGUAUAAUCUUGUGUAUUUUGAUUAUCACUGGGCCACUAAAAUCAUCUUACGUUCCAUCAAUAGCAUAUUAAACACUGACUUGGUGAGGUCACUGCCCCACUUUUUACAGGAGGAAUUGAGGCCCUGAGUGGUUACGCUUGUGAAGGCCCAGUGGGUGAAAUCCUACCCAUACUUCAGGGUCUUAGUCAUCACCUCCAUGGAACACCCUCUCUGAUCUCUUCAAAUCUGUUAAGUGCCCCUCCUCUCUGCUCCCAUACCACCCCCAUUGUCCCCAUGGAAGCACUGAAUCCUGUCUUGAAAAAGUCUAUUGAUUUGUCUCAUUCGGCCCCUCCCCCCAUGCCCUGUGAAGUUAUGUCUUGUUGAUUCUCUACGCCCAGCACAGAGCAAGACUCACUAAGUAUUGAUGCAUGAAUAGAUGGAUGGACAGACGGGCGGAUGAACGAAGAAAAACCCAACCUUACUCUUAGUAUUUCUAUCUCCUGGAGACCUCUCUGUCUGUCUGUGAGGACUGUCCAGAGAUUUGCAGGCAGCACCCCUCCCGCCCCGGGGCCCACCCUGCUCCUGGCCUCCCUCAUCUGUGCCAGUUUGCAGACUGGCUCACCACCCUGGUCAUUUCCCUGGACCCACUCCAGUGGUCUGAGUGAGCCUGGGAGAGCCCAGAGGCAGAGUUUAGGGGUCCUGCCUGCAUCUCAGGAGGCAUGUCCCAGCUCUUAGUAAUGCAUCUGAAGAUAGGAUUCUCUGAGGCGAUGGUUUUCUGGCGUCACUUGCUUUCAGUCUGCAGUCACUGAGGGCCCCCUCCACAGGGUGACUUGCCACAGGUGAAGGCUUAACCCUGGUGCAGAGCUCCCAGGUCUCGGUUUCUCCCUACCCAAGCACUCAUACUGUGGCCUCCUUGGCCUUCCCUGCUGGCCACUCAGACCCAAAUGUUGAUGCCUGCUGACAGGAGUGUAUAAUAUGCACAACAAAAACCAACAAAACUUAUUUAUCCAGGCCUCCAAGUCCUAUUGAGGCCACUGCCCUGGUGUCCAGAGGAGGUCCUGAGUACAGGGAAUGGUGGCUGUGGUGUGGCCAGAACAGACCAAAGCGAGCUGGAUCUUUGUACAUGAGCUUACACUGCGUUCGAGGAAAUACAAGGGCCGCCUGUCCCAAAUGAGCACCUGAGACUCAUUUCCACCAUGUCUUCCCUAACGGAUGGCCCAGCUGCUGUGUAACAUCCCCCUUUCUGAUUUUCACAGAGCUGAAUUCUGUUUUCCUUCCUUUUCUACUCCUUGUGCCCCAGCACUGAGCACCACAUACCUCAGCUGUUCCUGAGGAGUGUUAGCUGCUCUCAGUCUGCGUGUUAGCCAUGUCCCUAAGUCUCUCCAUGUCACAUUCCCGUUCCUCAUAACUCCCCUCUGGACACUGACUUCACCUUCCGCAUGGCAGAUGAGGCUGGUCGGCAGCCAGCAGCCAUUCCCAUCUCCUUCGGGUAUGCCUUCCUGGAACAAGGUGCUGGAGAGCUGAAACCUAGUUCCAAGACUCCCUUGCUGCUCGGAUCCUACAUGCAAAUUAGGUUCCUACAUAUGUACUCACAGAAGGAAGCAAGAUGAAAGCAGCUUGAUCUUU